AUGAAGUUCGGUGCUGCUCUUCUGGUCUUGGCCACCUCGGCCCUGGCUAACAACAUCCGACGAGGAGGAGAUGAGUAUGAGAGCCCAGACUCUGAGAGCGGAAAAGACUACGAGACUGGCGAGAACGAGUACGGACAAGAUGAAGGAUACGGAGAGAAGGGCGGCUACGAGCACGAGGUUAAGGAGGUCGCUGUGACCUACACCACUACCACCGUCUGCCCUGUCACCUACACUCAUUACAAGGAGGGAACAAUGCUAACCAGAUACAGCACCUACUGUGAGACAAAGCUCACAACCUCAACACUCGUUGUUGCUGAGACCAAGACUGUCGAUGUCACAGUCAAGGAGCCUGAUGUCACCAAGCACUACACUGAUGUUGACUACGUUACCAGAACAACAGUGUGCCCUGUGACCCAGACCAAGACUGUUGCUGGAGAGGUCAUCACCGAGGUCUACACGACCACCAGCAUCAUCUACGACGUUGUCAAGUCUACCGACUAUGAGCACGUUAAGCAGCCUGAUGUUACCAAGCACGAGACAGAUGUUAUUUAUAAGACACGAACUACUGUCUGCCCCGUGACAGUCACCAAGACCAUCGCCGGUGAGGUUAUCACUCAGACAUAUACAACCACCAGCGUCAUCGAGGAGGUCGUCAAGUCCACUGACUACGAGCACGUCAAGCAACCCGAUGUUACCAAGCACGAGACAGAUGUUGUUUAUAAGACACGAACUACUGUCUGCCCCGUGACAGUCACCAAGACCAUCGCCGGUGAGGUUGUCACCCAGACAUAUACAACCACCAGCGUCAUCGAGGAGGUCGUCAAGUCCACUGACUACGAGCACGUCAAGCAACCCGAUGUUACCAAGCACGAGACAGAUGUUGUUUAUAAGACACGAACUACUGUCUGCCCCGUGACAGUCACCAAGACCAUCGCCGGUGAGGUUGUCACCCAGACAUAUACAACCACCAGCGUCAUCGAGGAGGUCGUCAAGUCCACUGACUACGAGCACGUCAAGCAACCCGAUGUUACCAAGCACGAGACAGAUGUUGUCUACCACACCAAGACCAAUGUCUACCCAGUCACUGUCACCAACACUAUUGCUGGAGAGGUCAUCACCAAGGUCUACACCUCUACCGAGUACGUUGUCGAGAAGGUCCACACUACCGUCUACGACCAGGUGAAGCAGCCCGAUGUCACCAAGCACGAGACAGAUGUUGUCUACCACACCAAGUACGAGGUCUAUCCCGUCACUGUCACCAAGACCGUUGAGGGUGAGGUUAUCACCAACGUUUACACCUCCACUUCCGUCAUCGUUGAGAAGGUUGCCACCACCGUGCCCGCCAUCGAGACCAUCGUCAAGACCAUUGGCAAGGGCGAGGUCGUCACCCAGUACUCCAAGGUUUACCAUACCGUUGGUGGCGGUACCGUCUACGAGACUGUCGCUCCUCAGCCCACCACUGUCCAGGCUCCUGAGACCGAGGUCGUCACUCAGCCUGAGGUCACCGUCCCUGCCACUCCCACCAUCGCCCCUAAACCCGUCGCUACUGGCGCUGCUGCCGCCAACAAGGCUCCCGUCUUUGCCUUCGUGGCUGGUAUCCUCGGUGCCGUCGCUCUCAUCUAA